CAUAUCGCGCCCUCCAUCUUCAACAUUUCAACCCCACAAACCCCGACAGAACCACCCAACCAUCCAAACCCAUUGUCUAUAAUCCACGACACCAAACACCCUCGCCAACUCGUCCAUUUUUUCGCAAACACACCGCACACGCCACAAUGCCAGCCCUCGCCCCAUCCCUCCGCACCCUCCUCCUACGAAGCACCACCGCAUCCCUCCGACCAACAAGCACCCAAGUCCACCCGCAAUUCUUCCCCCAACUCAGCAACAACAACAACAACAACAGCAGCCGUCGCUCGCCCUCGCCUCCCCCAGCAUACCAAGUGCGCAACCACUCCAUCCUCGCCUCCACCACACAAUGGACGCGCUUCGCAACUCCGUACACCCUCUCCUCAGUGCGCACCUUCACCUCCACACACCCAACCCUCACACCCGCAAACCCCACGCCAUCCACCUCCCCGCAAGCCGCGCAGAAAAUCGACGCCGCCAUCGAGGAGAUCCAGGAACUGUAUGCGACGGCGCGCGACGAGUUCGAGAUCGCGGCCGAGGAGACGGAGAAGAAUACCACGUAUGCCGAGGACGAUCGCGUCGCGGCGCGCGAGGAAUUGGAUCGGUUGCUCGAGUACUAUGGUGGGGUUGUGGAGGGGGGCGAUGGGGCUGUUGCCGAGGAGGUCAAGAGGAGGGUUGGGCAGAGGAUUCGCGAGUUGGAGCAGGCGGUUAUUGCGCUGGAGGAGAGUGUGCAGCAUGGGGAUUAGGUCAUGGGUCGGUCGUGGAGAUUGAGUGAGUAUGUGGAAGGGGGGUUUUUUUGUUUUGUACGAUAUAUAGACGAGGUGGUGUCGGUGCUUCUUGCGGCCUAUAACCGCAUAUCUACGUUGUUGUUG